AUGGAUGAGGCAUCUCUCUCGACAAAAGACCGGAUUAUCACAGUAAAGUCGUCAAUUACUGGCAUCGGUUGUGUACUAAAAUCACACUAUUUAAGAUACAAAAUUGCAUAUAAAAUCAUUCCAUCGAUCCUUGAUCGACAGUAUAUAUUCCUCAAUGAAUUGCAAGCAGACCCUCAAUGUGACCUCAAAGAAUAUAUCAACAAAGAAUUUUUUGCUGAAGUAUGGCUUUCUUUGGUAGACUAUACAAAGGGAAAUGCUCGUGCAGAAAAAGUUAUAGAGUAUCGCAAUUAUAUUAGCCGCCAUUUACCAAGCUAUCUGAAUAUCACAAACUAUCAAAGGUUCAGACUAAACAUGAGAUUUGGUCAACAUCUUAGACAAUCAAUCAAUGUUUUACUGAACGUCAAGCAAAGAAUGGCGGAAAUGAAGCAAGCUCUUCUAGAACAAGGUGUCGACCCCAAAAUCAUCGAAGGUCUUAUUUUCCAAGAUGUAACUCAGACCGCAAAAAAUUUCAAAAUGGCCAUCAGCACACGUCCCACAAACAUGUCUUUACUGCCACAAAAUCCACAGGUAGAAAUAAAUGCAUACAACGCGUUAAGACCUGUUUUGGAUUCGUAUGGUACAUCGUAUUCUUUCAAAAAACGCAGCAUCUAUUAUGAUGCGAAAGCGCAACCUGAAAAUCACUUUAUGGCAUUUGUUCAACUAGCUCGUCUCUUCGAAACAUUAGGUUUACCUCCUUUUCGUUGCUUUUCUCUCCGUCGUUCAUGGUCUCCUGGUUAUGUACAAAUUGAUAGUAAGAUUCUUUGUCAAAACAUUCUAGAUAUCAGAUGGUCCAAUAAUAUUGAUAAGCUGAAUUACUGGAAGCAAGUGGUUGAUCUAAAUGCGAAACAUUUUAAAGCUCAAGAAGAGAACAAGCUCCUUCGGUUUCGCGGUACCAUUCAGACAGACGGUGUUGGUGUAACAGUUCUUAAGAAAAGAAUAGACAGGCAGUCAUCUUAUACCUCAACCAUAAAAGAGGCAGAUGAGAAGUUCAAGUAUAUCAGCGACUUAAGUGCUCAAGAACAUAAAGCUGUGAAUGGUCGGUGUGUUGCUAUUGAUCCCGGAAGAAGAGACCUUUUGUUUUGUGUCGAUGAAAAAUAUACUGUAGAAACUCCUAUUAAGUUUCGAUAUACUAAGCAGGACCAGGACAAAACCAGAAAAUCCAAAAAGUAUUAUUGUAACAUUCUACAAGCAAUGAAGUCGAACAAUCCUGCUGUUUUUCAAGCCGAGAAUGCUCUUGCAGAAAACCAAAGCAGCUCACUGGAAAUGGAGGGUUACCGUCGUUUUCUCGAACGUCUAGGUCAGAAUUACGCUGUCCUCGACAAUUUAUAUGGGUAUACAACAACGUCUUCUCAAAACCCACAAUUCAUGCUACGGAAGUUGCGUUUAGCUGCGUAUUUUAACAAACAACGUGUUGACAUGCAACUUAUAAAUUUUUUAAAGCAAAAGUUCGGUAAGGAUGCGAUCUUUGUCCUGGGAAACUGGUCUGCCCCAAACGCACGUUAUCAUGAACCAAUUCGAGGCAUCGGAUUGAGAUGA